UGCAAGCCUUAACGAGGCAUCAGCAUAGAACAAAAUGGCAGCUUCAAGUUCUGUCGGGAUAAGUAGUUCAUCGCGCUGAUCAUAUAGACCGCAACAUGUCCGGUUUCACGGAGGCUGCAUUGGAACGGAAGCUAGCUGAGCUAAACAACUCGCAGCAGAGUAUCCAGACGUUGUCUCUAUGGCUUAUUCAUCACCGAAAACACCACAAGACCAUUGUGCACGUCUGGCUGCGAGAACUCAAGAAAGCCAAACCAGCUCGGAAGCUGACGUUUAUGUAUCUUGCAAAUGAUGUCAUCCAGAAUAGCAAGAAGAAAGGACCUGAAUUCACCAGGGAGUUUGCCACUGUUCUGGCUAAAGCCUUUGCUCACAUUUCAGUGAGAGAUACAGACCAGAAGACACAUGCAGGCUUGCGGAGAAUUCUUAGUGUGUGGAAAGAGAGAAGUGUUUUUGACACACAUCAGAUUUCGGACUUUGGCCAAUAUCUCUCAGACAAGGUGACUGAAACAGAAACGGUGAAAGACUCUGGCCAAGAUACAGUGUAUCGCAAGGGACAAGCCCCGGCGUCGCACGAGGGCACACCUUUAUGGAAUGAUGCCGAGCCUGUGGCGAAGCGAAAGAAGCCUUCUGAUGCUAGUGAGGAAGCUGAGGAGAAGACAGACACCCCCAAGGAUACAGAAAAGCCGGGAGAACCACCAGAUCCAGGGGUUCUGAUCAAGGCAUUGGCAGACUUGGAGAACACAGCCUCCUCUGAUGCUGUUGUUCGAGAACGCAUAGCCAGUCUCCCACCAGAGGUUUCAGAUGCCUCCCUGCUAGAGAAAAUUCAGGACCGACAGGCGGCCGACCGUCUUUCUGCCCAAGUGGAGGAGGCCUGCUCACUGCUAGCCGAGUACAACAGCCGGUUGGCCCAGGAAUUAGAAGACCGCAAGCAAGUCUCCCAGAUGCUGGCUAGCUUCACCUUCCACCAGAGAGAGCUCAUGGCACUUGCGGAGCAGAAACUCGAGGAGCACCGUGACAAGCUGCACAAGGUGACGCAUGUCAGAAACGAGCUCAAGUCCCACCUGCAGAACUUGCCUGACCUUACCCUGUUGCCAAGCGUCACCGGUGGUCUGGCACCCUUGCCAUCAGCUGGGGAUCUCUUCAGCCACCAGUGACUCUUGUCCGCUCGGUUCUCAGGCCACAAUACACUGCUUCUGGCUGUAUGACAUGCAGUCUUCAGUGGCUAGCAGCUAUAGGUUGAGCCUGUUGUUGUGUGUUGAGGGAACGCUUACAAAGUAGUUUGCUCCUCCCCCAAUUUUUUCUGGCUUCUCUCUUCCCGGCAUUUCACGUUGUUGCAUUGUAGGCUUGUUCUAGCUUUUGUGAAGACUCGCUGUGUGCUGUAACCUGGCUGGUAUGAUCCACUUGGAGGGCAGCAGCGUAGUCUCCUUUUUCAGGCCAUUUGUGAGUGUAUGCACAUUGAGGAUGCCAGGCACGAAGGAAUGCGUGUUCGCUUCUAAAGUCUUAAAGGCAUGCCUAAGCUGCUACUUCUUUUCUCUCAGUCUCUCACUGCCCACCGUCACCACCACACACACAGAAUUCUGUUGCACUGUUACAACCCCAGUUAUGGUUAAUUUGGUUUUUAAACAAAUUGUCACCGCAGUGCAAAUCUGUUAAUUUACAUCUCGCUUUGUGCAGUGAAGGUUUCUUGAAAGUUAUCUUGUGAAGCUCUUAAAGAUUAUAUUAAAACCUGAAUAUUCACUUGAGUCACUAAUACAUUACUUGAAAUAAAGAACCUGAACUAAGACAUGCAUGAGUACAAUACAUACAUGUACACAGCUGUAACAUAUGCAUGCCUGCUCAUCCCAUUUUGGCCUUGUUGAUAUGUUCUGUUGGAACCUUGUUAAUUGCAAGAAAUUUUCUGCAUUGGGCCAUUUCCAACAGCACUUAGACUAAAUGCUCUUUCUUCUAAUUUCCUUUUGUCUCUAUUAUGAGAAAUCCAGUGAACACAUUGUGUGUAGAUUUUAUGAUAGAAACUGCAGAUGUCUUCAUGUUAUAUGUAUGUAAUGUUCAAGUUCUGUGUACAAGGUGUGUUAUGCCAUAGAGGAGGACUUUGUCACCAGUAAAACUGGUUUUUAUCCUUGUGUCUGCUGACUUAACUGUGGGCAGUCUAAAUCAAUCAGGGUGUGUGUUUUUUUUUCCCCUAAAUAUAUGAGCUGCAAAGAUGUUAUAAAAGUGGUAUUUUGUUGUAGCUAGCAUCGUUUUCUUAAUGCCCCCACCCCACCACCACCACCAUUUUUUUUUUAAUAUUCAUAUUAAUUUUAAGGCAUGCAUGAACCAUACUUGCCUUCCAAUGUAUUCUGUCUGGUAUGUGUAUGAUGAACGUGUUAGUUUUUACUGUCUACAGUUGAAACUCGAUUUAACAAAGUAAUGCAAUGAUCACGCUUGACUUCGCUAAAUAGCGAAGUUCGUGAAAACGAGAAAGGGAUUGUUCGGUCCUUCGAAAUCUACAAUUGUAACGUAGCGACACCCAAAAGCUACCACAGCAUUGUAUUUGUCGCUAACCCAGGCCUGCGUGUGUGAAAAGUCCGCAAGGCCGACCUGAAUUGCUUGUGCAUGAAACCGAAAGGAAAAAAAAAGACACCUCGGUGUUCUGCAGAGAACUGCGAAUUUGAUAUGUUGCAGUAAAAACUCGGGAUCUUCGCCUGUGUGUGCUUCACUAGCAGUGGGUGCACCCACACCUCAUAGCCCACAAGUGCUUGCAAUGCGUCCUCAGUUCCCUCGUGGGCCCCAGGAAACCGCCUCAAGGGAUCGACGACUGCCGAGUCCGUUGUGCUGCGCAUGGGCGCGGCGUGCAAUCUCGUCAAAAUAAAGCUAGGGCUGCGACUAGGGCGCCCAGAUGUUUUAACACGAUUGCGCUAGAGCGCAUGCACGAAGAAAAACUUGUCUGUGUCAAAAUUACAAAGAAAUCACCACAUUUUUACUCAUUUAUUUCAGGAAAAACUUCGUUAAAUGGAGUUUGAUGGCAAAGUUAAUUUCAUUAAUUUGGGUUGAUGACAGCAUUGAACUGUAUGUGUAACUAUUGGGGAAUGGAAAUUUCUUCGUUAAAUGGAGAACUUCGUAAAGUCAGGUUUCGUUAGAUCGAGUUUUAACUGUAGUGUGCAUUUUUGUUUUAAUAAGUAUGCUGUAGUGUAUCAUAGGAGCUUUGUGUUGGACAACACUCCUUCAGAAGAAACUUUUAGCAUGUGUUUAAUUACAAAAGCAACUUGCACAACAUGGUCAGCUUCCUUUCCUGUGCAACAAAAUGUGCUAGCACACGCGAAAAAUAAGCAUGCAUUUGGUCAGCGAUUUGUGAAUCGAAAUGUGCGAGACUAAAACCAUCACAGUGCAGUACAGCGAUACUUUUGCAAACGGUAUUCUUUACAAUACCUGUUGUUGGUUCUUCAGAAGCUGGUGCUGUGGAUGUAGUUAUAUGCCUUUUUUGUGUGCUAAAUGUAUUGAUUCUGACAGAUGGAAGUGGUCAUAAUUAGAAUAACUGCAUUGAGGUAUCUUUGUGCAAGUGGCUUUUUUAAAAUGUAAUAUUAUUUACUUGACAAAAGUAAUUUUCAUUUAGGGUUUUUUUUUCGGUUUAUUUUGUUUUGUCUCUCAGUUUAUUAUUUUUUUUCUUUUGUUACAAACAUUUAUUGCCACGGUCAAGCCUGUGGAGUGAGGAAGACAAUUUUGUAGCUCCUUAUUGUUUACUCUUCUCUUUGAGCGGUAUGCCAUUGCAUACACACACACACACACAAAGAAAAAUGAUAUGCAUGUUGUUUCUGAUGAGUAUGUCACACCUCUCUUUUUUUUUUUAAUAUUAAAAUGAAAAUUUAUUGUUAAUGGAGAGCCUACAGUGGUUUGCUGAUAUGCUGGGGAAGCAUGGAGGUAUGCAACCUAUUGGCUGCUGUCUUCGUAUGCCAACUUUUUUUCUGCUAUUCAAAACUCUCAAAUUCAGGCUCAUGUAAACCUUUUCUACUAGGGGGGGGGGGAGGGGGGGGACAACUCCUUUCUAGACUGUUGUGCAUGAGUACAAAGGCACAUGCUGCAGCUUCUGUAGUGCUUUUAAGGAGCGCUCAUGCUUGUUCGCAACAGUCUGGAGGGUAUUAUGGCGAUGCGCAGGGAACACUCAUUGGAAAGAUCUAUAUGUACUGGCAAACUUAAAAAGAUUUAGCAUGAUGGAAGCAAUGUGUUAAUGAAAUCUGAUUUUCAGCCAAUAAAACAAGCAUCAUUGAAAGGUUAUCGUUUUCAAAUGAGCCCUCUGCUGUUCUAGAAUGGUCAGCAAGUUACCAAGGUGCACAUAUUGCACAUGAGAAACCUUCAUUGUUUUAUCAUCACUUAACAAUUAUGUAAAGUGCACUGCUCUGUUCAUUGAAAAUAAAAAUCACUGCUAAGCAAACAUUUACUACUUUCAACAAGUCUGCAAAACACUGGAGCAGAAAAAAAAAAAAAAAACUUGCUUCCUUUGCUGUGCCAAAAUUGGUGCAAGUGCAAUAGCAUUUGGAGACUUCUGAUACCACCCAAGGAUCUCUAUCUAAUAUACCUCUCUUCUCUGUUUUGCAUCAGUUGUGCAAACUUAAGCAUGACAGGUAUUUUGGAUGUAAAAUAUGUUCUGUCACACUUCAAAAGAUGAGAUGCAUAGAACAGGGACAGAUUCAUCGACCUCAAACAGAAUGAAUCUUGUAUGCUGUUCACAGAUAGAUUCAAAGGUCCUUGGAAUUCACGGUUAUCAACAGUCUGUGCACAUACUGGCUCGUCGUUGGUAUGUUGGCAAUAUCGUCAUUUGUCUACACCUCUCUGUUUUGUUCUUUGACCUGUUGUGCUGCACCCUAAAGUGAACACAGGCAUAAAAUGCCAUAACUUGCAUAGCUUGCUGUGCAUAAUUUUAAUCUGUUGCCUCACAUUACAACUUAUUUUUUUUUUUUACUAAAAUAUAGGGUGGUCACCGAAUGCAGUCACCACCAUAUAUCUUAGCCUUGCAUCACCAGGAUAUCAGCAGAUACUGCUAUACACUGUCUUCCACUGUUUCCUCAUCAGCUGUUUCCAUUGCAUACAGCCUCAAAAGAGGUCAAAGCCAACCUCGAGUGAAUGCAUUAAGGAAACGUGACCCUCAGAUAUGUGGUUGCCCUCUCUGGCUGCUUCGUGCGUGGCCUCCUUCAUACCCAAAUCACAACCAUCAGCAUUGCAGUGAUAACUUAUGUCUGUGCUGCUUAGAUAGAUUGUGUAGGUAGGGCACUCGUCAUUGGCUCAAAUUUUUGAGAGAUUUUGAAACUGUGUUCGAAACUGGGCACAUAGGCCUUUUUUUUUUCUUUUGUUGUGUUUACAAACUUCCAUUAGCAGUUGUGUGUAAAAUUCAGUCUUUCCAACUGCAUGUCACUGAAACAAAAAUAAAACCACCGGUUAAGGCAAGCAAGCACUUGGCUGGGAAAAGAAAGUGCACUCCAACGUAUCCUUUGCCCCUUCGUCCUCUUCAAACUCCCACCACUUUGCAAGUGUUGUAGAGAAGUCUGCUCUAGCUGGAAUAUUGCCAUUGUCGUAGUGAUAUGGUGCUGCAAUUUUAUUUCAACGCUUUGCAAAGGUUCAUUUUGUGGUGUUUAGUUUGGGUAAAUUUUUGCUGUUUCAUCUCGUUAAGCAGCGCGAACCGAGACAAAUGACGGCAAAAGAGAUGGGAUGGAGGUUUGCCAUCUCUUGUGUCAUUUCACACUGUUUAACAAGAUGAAACGCCAACUAACCCAAUCUCAUACCUCAUUGUAGCGUUUGAAUCUGAAAAGUGAAUUUUAGCGUAUGCUUAGAAGGCAACUUCGGUAAUUAUCUGAGGUGUAUGAAUCUUGGUGAAGUUGACAUUGUGCAUUCAGCUGGGGAUUAUGGUCAUGCGCUCCAGAUGGCAUGACUGAGAGUUGUGUAGUUAUUAUGCAGAUUAGUUUUAAAGAUCUGUACCUGCAUUCACAGUCUGUGCCCUCAUACAGAUGAUUUCGACAGCCACGUUGUGAUUACAAUUUGGCAUAUGGGCACAGAAGUAGCUGCACUGGUGCUGAAAUCUUGGGGAGCUGUCUUUCCUAAGUUUAAACAAAGUCUGCAGGGCUCUUAAUUUCUAUGAAUGGCUCUGUUCAACUUGCCAGCUGGGGCAUAAAGGUUUCAGUAGCAGUGUGACCAUUAUAAGACAACCUUUUAUUUCUUACACCAGGAAGUAUUGUGUAGUGCUAAAACAUUUAUAAUUAUUGUAAUUGAACAUUUCUCAAGAUGUCACUACUGGUGCUCUUGUUCUGGGUGACUGUAUGAAUCGACGUCUGAGCACAGGAAUGAAUCAGUUUAGUCAAUCAUGGCAUGCAGGAUAUGUUGCUACUUAAAAAAAUCUGAAAAAAGUGCCAUUGUGUACCAUUAAAAAAAAUUUCACUUCAGCACAUGCAAAUGAACCUGAAUUUCAGCUGUGUUUUCACUGACAUAAGUUGUUGCCAACUGCAGUAAUAGCUACAACUUGAAGAAAGCGUUGCUCGAAAGAUCUUUUCAGAUUAGCCAUCUUUUAUAUCAUCCCCUGCCAAAACACCAUCAUAGAUGAUUAAAAAGAAAACAUUAAAUGAAUGCAAGUCGACCUAAAUAUGUUUAUAAAUGAUACAAAAAAUGCAGGACAGCAGAAAGGACCGCAUAUGGAAGUGUGCACUCCCACCUGAAAGUUCACAUCUGUAUCGCGUUAUAAAAGUGAACUUGAUUUCUUUUUAAAUCUUGCGGCAAGGAGGCUAUUGUAAUCUUCAUUCUUUCUACUGGUUAUCUUGCCUUGUUCUUUCAUGUUCUUUCUUCUGGGGGUUAUCUGCACUGUUUGUACAUAGUGAAAUUAUGCAACUAUUGCAUGUGUCAAAGAGAGUCUGUUCCUUUCAUUAAACUUUCACUUGGGAGUGCGCAUCUGUGUUUCCAGUUCUUUUCGUUGCCCUGUGUUUUUUGUGCAAUUUACAAAUAAAUAAUUAUUGAAAUUAGAGUUUGCUACGUUAUUAUGACCUUAAUAAUAGAUGUGGACUUUUUUUGCAACACCACCCCUAUAUCUCCAGGAUAUUAUAAACCCACUCAGAGAGGCAAGGGAGGUGAGAGUUUUCAGGGAACAGGUUAUGCCACAAGGACAAGUGGCCUAAUGUUGCAGCAUUUGGUAUGCAAACAGGGCCAAAUUAAAAAGAAAAAAGGGAAGUUAACACACUUCCAGCUACAUCAUACUGACCAGAAUCUUUAUACUUGCAAUUUUUCUCGCAUCUGGAUGCUGCAUGCUUGAGUUAAAAAUGUAAUCCAUGGAUGAGAGUUCUGACUUGAAACAAAACCUUGUAGGGUGACCAGCUUGUAGGCUUUUGUUUACUAUUCAUUGCUGAAUUUAAGGCUGGGUGAGGACAAUUCUCAAAGUGAUUGGCUGUUUCCUUGCUACCGGACUGUUUUUACAUUCGUAACUAUACUUUCGAACCGUCCUUGUGAACUGCAUGGUGGAUCUGAUGACAGAGAAUUGGUUCAUUCUGAAAUUUACAUAGAAUUUACACAGUAUAGAGGUAUGAGGCAUUAUCUCGUAAUUAUUUUGUGGCAGUGCAUUUUUCUAACUGCACCAAUGUUGCCAUAAAUUUGUGAAUUUCAUUCAGUGUGCACAUUCGUGCUGCUUGUACUGCCUUUCGUAAUCUUUUGCUGUGAGCACAUUGAAGAGAAGCAAGGUAGUUUCAUAAGCAUUACACACUCGGACCGAGGGUUUAUCAGUAGCUGUAGCUGGACAUGAGCAAUAGUAUACUUGCUGAUACUUGGAGCUGCUUUGUCUUUGUCUUGUAUUGGUAGGACCUGCACAGGCUUGUACAUAACUCAAAUGCUGUACUUGUUAGUUACUACUGUAACUUAAUUACUUUGCAAAUAAUUUAUAACUUGCACUUACUUUUUUGAGUACUCUCAACUUGAUUACUUUUUAGUGGUAAUUCCUACUCGUUAAAUUGCUUGUCUGUUCGUUAUGGGAUCACAACAAGUGAGCUGUGUCUAGAUCCUGAUCAGAGCGUUUGGUUGCUGUUCUCUGACAUAAAAAGUUUCUUGAUAUAGAACAAAAAUCAUUUUGUAAGGAAUAUGAGUGCAUUCUGAAGGAUUAAGGAUCAUACAGAGCUGUGUUGCAGGAAGCAAAUACCCAAGGAAUGUGCCUGUUUAGAUUGUGUUUAAAAAAUAAAUUCCAUAAACUACAUAAAGUCUGCAUAUUUCGAUAGUGCAUUUAUAUCUUUCCACGUAUUAAAUCAAAGAAAAAAUAUAACUCAAAAGAUUUUAUUUUUCUCUUGCUUCAGAGCUGCAUCACAAGAGUUUUUUUUUCCUUCUGUUCCUCUCCUUUGUACUUGUGUACCUUCAGUGUUUUCCCCUCACUUAUUAACUAUGCUAUCCUCUGAUGUCACUGACAGUUGUUGCCACAGCCUUGUCAAGUGAUCUUGUAGGAGCAGUGUACCUACUGUUAAAGAUUAGGCCUUACAAAAAUUGUAGAAUUAAGGUAUAUAAUGGUGACACCAUCUUCAGAUGUAAAAUUCAAAUAUAGUUUUAAGAGAGUAUAUUUAAUUUGUGAAUCUACAGUAAGAGAAAGGGUAUAUUUUCCAAAGUUCAAGGUUGUCAUUACUCUUAACUGGUAUAUUUUGUGAAAUUUCAACGAUCAGUGUGUGCUUCGAAAUGUUAGCUUUAACACCAAAUAUGCUCAUAGUGGAACUGCAUGCAGACACCAUGCCACAAAGAAUUGGAUCUUGAGCCAAUCAACUCGGUUGCCUUGUUUGAGCCAUUUUGCUGGUAACUCGAACUUGGAUCUAUUGCACCGAGCAAUGCUGCAUUGCAUCGCACCGCUCAAGUCAUGAUUACACAAUUCGGCUGCAUAUGUUGAUGCUGAACAUUUCUAAGCCUGUACUUGCAAAUAAGAUACUAUCAAAUGGGCAUAACUCUGGCUACCGCUGUCUUCUGUUUUGUAAUUAUUUAAUGAGAAGGCACAAAGAAAGUUAGGUUGAGCACAAAAGCAAAAGCCUGCUGACAGCAGUGUAAAUUUUAAUCUUGAGGAUGACUCUUUCAGUGAGAGUGCGAGGGGAGGACAGUGGGCAAGAAGACUGAGAGAGUCGAAAUGUGCACUGUGAUCUGUUGAGUUUUUAAGGAAAUUUUUGAAAGCCCACCUUCAAUGCUCUCUUCAACCAACUAUUUAAUUAAUUAAUUAAUUUAUUUAUUUAUUAUACCUCAAAUACCUGAGUUCAGGGGUAUUACAAGAGGGGCAAGCAUUAAUACAGGGUUUGUUCAAUGUGCGCUUUGAACAGAGCUGGGCUGGAGUCGUGCAUGACGUGGGGUGGAAGAUCAUUGCAGUCCUUGGUUGUUUGAACAAAAAAUGAGCGAAGAUGUGCAGUUGUGUGGGCAUGAUAAUAGAUGCGUCAGACAAAGAAUGGAAGAACUUGUGAAAGAGGAUUAGUCGAGGGACUUCGUGUCAUAAUUCUAAGUUUACAAGAUGGUCUUUGUUACUUAGGUUAGUGACACUUGAGCGAUGUGAGUAAUCUGAAUAUAUAAACCUAGCUACCCUAUUCUGAACAGAUUCUAACGUUUUGGACAGAUUAGAUUGGUGUGGGUCCCAGACGGCGCAAGCGUAUUCAAGUUUCGGACAAACUAAUGUUAAAUAUGCUGAAAGCUUCACAGAAGGAGGAGCAAGUCGUACGUUUCGUCUGAGGUAGCCAAGAACUUUAUUUCCUUUGUUAGAAAUGUUUGUUAUGUGGGACGACCAAGUGAGAUCUGGUGUUAUGGUUAUACCUAAAUAUUUACAGGAAUUCACGGGUGAUAUUUCGGAGCCACAAAUCAAAUAUUUCGGAGUAGGAUAGGAUUUUCUGCAAUGGAAAGAAACAACAGAUGUCUUCUUAAUGUUCAGAGUCAUUAGCCAAUUUCUGCACCAGGUUUCGAUAGUUAUUAGAUCAUUUUGGAGGGUCUGGGAGUCAUUAGAGCAGUUAAUAGAAUGAUAAAUUACGCAGUCAUCAGUGAAUAAAUGGAUAUUAGACGAUAUAUUAGUAGCCAGGUUGUUAAUAUAAAUUAAAUAUAGGAGGGGACCGAGAACCAUACCCUGAGGUACACCUGAGAUGACAGGACGUUGGGACGAUGAAGUCUGGUUGGCAUAAACGAACUGUUCUCAGUUAAACAAGAAAUUUUUUAUCCAGUUUAGAACCGCAGUUUCAAAAUUUAGGAGCGAAAGUUUGAAAAAAAAAAAAGAUGAUUAUGCGGUACUUUAUCAAAGGCUUUUUCAAAAUCUAGGAAAAAUGCAUCUACAGGAAUGUUGUGGUCAGUACUUGAGCUGAUGUCAUUAAUAAAGAGCGCUAGUUGUGUGUCACACGAAAGGCCUUUUUGAAAUCCGUGCUGACUGGGGUGAAAAAAAUGUACAGAGAUAAGAAAAUUGACUGUUUGAGAAUAGAUUUAUGUGUUCCAUUAGUUUACAGCACAUGCAUGUUGUGAUAUUGGGCGGUAGCUUACAGGUGAGAACGACAGACCUUUGUUUGGUAUUGGGAUGACCUUGCCAACCUUCCAGUCUCUUGGCACCACUCCAGAUGACAGUGAUUGCUGGAAGAUGUGCGACAGUAUGGCAGCAGAAAAAUGUUUAGUGCUUUUUAAAACUUUAGAAUUUAUACAAUCAAUUCCAGCUGGAGAUGACACUUUUAAGGAUUCAAUUACUAUGCCACUACAGUUACAGUCCUGAUUUUGUGCAUUCAUAAAAGCUAGCUCCAAUAUCUUUUUCCAAUAUUUUUCAGUGACAUGAGAAACAGGAGCAAGCUGGGGACUGAAAUUGGAAGAAAUACUUUUUGAGCAAAGAUUAGUAAUUGAGCAGACUUUUGUGGAUUUGGUUACUGCUAUUUAGAAAUAUGUGACCUGCAAGUAAUUAACAAGUGACUUGCAAGUAACUGGUUACUUUUUUUCGGUAAUUGGUGUUCUGCUCCAGUAAUUUUUGAAAUAGAGCAAUCAGUAUUCUACUUAGUGACAUAACCACAUUUUCUGAGUAACUUGUAUAUGUAUCGACCCACCACAGUAUGUAACGAGUACUUUAUUGGGUUCUUCUAGCACUGUUGAGAUGAUGCCUCACCUAAAGCAUGUGUGGACUAAAUCUUUUGUGGAUUAGACUGGCUGUGCAUGCCCCAUUGUUCACUACAUCGUUGAGCCUCAUUUAACCUCCUCCGGACGAUGGUCUGCAUGAUUGGCUGAAAAAAAAGAAAUGCUUACCUACCUGUUGGUUUUCCAAGCUGUCAUCUUCUCUCUGCAUUUCAACCAACCAGUCUGUGUUACAACGGUUCCAUAGUAUCUACAGAUUACGCAUCACUGCUUGAAGAUGUUCUCCAGUAUGUCUUCAUUUGCCUAUUAUGUGACACUUUAGCGAAAUUAAUAGCAUGUAUUUUUCCUGCAUGCCUAGGGAUCAUCUUAGUGUGGUUUAUUUUUUGCUUAUGUGAAGAAUGCCAUCAACAAACACUGUAUUUUCAUACUUAUAGCUUUCUGUCUUAAUUCCUGGCUAGUCAAAGUUAUACAUUAGUCUUUUUCUAACAGAACUUAGAAAAUCUGUUCAUGACUGCAGUAAUAGUUGCAUUGCUAUAUGAGAAGCUUCUUUUGAAUAUAUUUCAUUGAUGCAGUGCCAUGCAUAUGUUACUGUGCUUGUGAAGCACCUCAGAUAAUUUUUACUGGGCAGUAGUAAAACAGUUGCGUUCCUGUGAACAUGGCUGAGAAAGUUUGUGUCAUAAUUCACGUUUGAAAGGUUAUCUUUAAACCAAUUAGGGGUUCUGGCAUAGUUCCUAUUACUCUUAGCUGACCCUGCCUUUCUUUUUAUUUAUUAUUCUUUAUUGGUAGUGAUAGCACAAGCUGAAAUUAAGAGACAGCUCCAGGUAGUGGUGCCUUUUGUCUAGAACUAGACUCUUUAGGUAAGAGAGAUUUAUGUGGCUGUCAUUCUGACGUUUUAUGCCAUCAUGCACCCAAGGUUGUUAUUCAUGUUGUCCUCAAAGUCAAAUAUAUCAACAAAUUAUCUCGGUGAAUUUCACUCUUGCUAUGCAAAAUUUUUUCAGUAAAUGUGAGUCCUUAAGUUGUGAAAUUUGUGGUGGUUUGCACUAGUUCAUUUUAAAUUCUUUAAGCAGGCUGUAUGAUUGUGCAUAAAUUAAAAUGCAUUAUCAAAAUGCAAAUGCUGAGAAGUCACAAAGGUUCACUCUGGAUGUUAGAAGAAUUGUGACACUGCUUUUUUCGUUUUGCAGUUGGUUCAUGAUGUUCACCUGCCAUGGUGACUCAAUGGCUAAUGUGUACUGCUGCUGAGCAGGAGGGUAAGGGUUUGAUUGCUGGCCGCAGUGGCAACAUCUGAUGGGGGCAAAUGCAAAAAUUCUCGUGGAUAGUAUGAUUUAGGUGCAUGUUCAAGAAUUCCAGGCAGUCAAAAUUAACUUGGAGCACCCCCGCUAUGGCACAUCUUGUAGCCCACGAGUAGUUUUGGGUGUAAAACUCUAUGAUGUGAUUUUGAUUUUUUGUUUUGAUUCAUGGUGUUCCUAAAUGUAGGGCAGUAUGAGACACGACAAAGAAAUGUAGACAGACAGAUUAGGUGCCAGCUCGCCUGUGCGGGCUAAAAUGCAGUGCCAUAAAUAUAGUACUUUCGAAUUGUUUGUGUCUAAAUGAUGUAGUAGACCAUACUUUAUCAGCAACACUCAUUAUCCAAGGUCCUUGCAGUAUGAGCACUACAUAUAAGCUGUAUGUCUGAGUGCUUGUGGCUCUAAACAGCACGUGUGCACUUUUGCUUGAUGUGGUUAUUUCUUGCCACAGUGUUUGUAAACAUGUAAACAAUAAAGUUGCAUUGGCAAUGUGA